AUGAAGAACAAUAACAAUAACAACACGAAGUUGAUUCUUCUUCAUCCUUACAUCCAAAAACAAGGAGGCUCCAAUCGGUUAUGGCUCCUUGCCUUUGUAUCAUUCUUCACUAUUGCUUUCCUUCUUACACUAAUCUACACAAGAGAGACCUUACCUAUCAAAACCACCACCACCACUGUGGCCACUGGAUCUGCUUCUAGCUCCACCUAUGGCAAUAUUAAUGCAGCAUUGCCAACAACAGUCAUCAAUACUCUCCUCCACUAUGCCUCGAGAUCCAAUGACAGUUUCCACAUGUCCCAUGCCGAAAUCAAACCGAUCUCUGAUGUACUUAGAAAGUGCUCAUCUCCUUGUAACUUUCUUGUCUUUGGUCUAACGCACGAGACCCUUCUCUGGAAAGCUCUGAACCACAAUGGCCGCACGGUUUUCAUCGAAGAAAAUCGCUACUACGCAGCUUAUUAUGAAGAGUUACAUCCUGAAAUUGAUGUCUUUGAUGUUCAAUACACAACCAAGAUGAAAGAAAUGAGAGAACUCAUAGCUUCCACCAAGGAACAAAUAAAAAAUGAAUGCAGGCCAGUGCAGAAUUUACUCUUCUCAGAGUGUAAGCUUGGGAUUAAUGACUUGCCUAAUCAUGUUUAUGAGGUUGAUUGGGAUGUGAUAUUGGUUGAUGGGCCUAGAGGCGAUGGACCAGAAGGGCCAGGGAGGAUGACGCCAAUCUUCACAGCUGGGGUACUAGCUAGGAGCAAGAAGGCUAGCAAUGCUAAGACUCACAUAUUUGUGCAUGAUUACUACAGAAAUGUGGAGAGAAUUUAUGGUGAUGAGUUCUUAUGCAGAGAGAACUUGGUGGAGUCUAAUGACAUGCUUGCUCAUUUUGUGGUAGAGAAAAUGGAUGAGAAUAGCUUCCAGUUCUGUCGCAACCGUACAUCAAAUUCAUCAACUUCAUCAUCCUAG